AUGGACACGUCGACACCUUCUUCAAUACACGGCCAUGCCGACUCCAACACAUUCUCGCCCUCGGCCGCAUCAUCCAUCGCAGGCUCCUCGACGCUCUACUCGGCUUCGUCCGCUGCGGGUCAAGCACCCAACGCCUCAUCUGCCGGUCUCAGUGGCACCGACUACCUCCGAGAUGUCUUUCAGAAACGCAUCCGCAACCUCUCCUACCUCAAGCGCUCGCUACAAGGCCAAGGCACGUGGUUCAACACCGUCCAGCUGGACAUGGCUGACCUUGCAGUCGCUUUCGACAACGAGCGCAUGCACAAGCGCACACUGCGCUUCUUUGUUCUUGGUCUUAGCCUGUCGAGCAUCCUCGAAAUUCCCAAUCCUACCGACAUGGCCCGCGCCAUCAAUUCGCUCAUCAAUGAGCUGGAUGGCUACACCGACGACAACAUUGUCUCCCUCACCACCGGCACUGGUGCCGCGACCCUCGGGGCACAGCGUCCUCGCAUGCGCAGCCUCUUCAAGUCGGGCAAGCAGUCGUUGAAGCGUUCUGCAGCCGCCCACGCCAUCUCCGAGUUUGGCACGCUGGAUGCCAAUCUUGGGCCCGCAUCAACUCUGGUCGCCAGCGACCACAACUCCUACUUGAUAGCGCCCAACGUGCCGUUCCAGCUCGACUUCUUCCACACCUUUUUCACCCUCUGCGAUAUGCUCGUCGAGAUCUACUACAAGAUGCUCUCUUUUCUUCCGCGCGACGCUGGCACACUCGGCGCGGAAGGCGGAGCGUCGAGCAGUGCAACGCUUCCGCGCGCGGCAUCGCCACCUACAUCCGCUUCGCGUCACGCGAGCCACGAUCUCGAUCGCGCAGAAAGCAUCAGCCAGGCGUUCACCGCUGCUGGCUUUGCUCCGCCCGCCGCUGGUCAAGAUGGUUCGAGCGACGCAGACAAGUCGCUGCAUGGAUUGCCGACGCCUGCGAUCACAGGCGUGACGCAGGAGCUGCUGCUCAAAGCCGACGCCAAGAUCAGAAAGACCAUCGGCAUCCAGGUCAAGGACAUCGACGCAUUCGCACGUCAGAUGAUCAAGGACGAGCUCUCGUCCAUCGACCCGUUGCUCAAGGAGCUCGGUCUGGACGCGGGUACCGGAUCCAGCAUCUUCGCUCCCGGCGCUGGUGCAUCGUCCGUCAAGUCGGGCUCUUCCAUCGGCGGGCUACCGACCUCGUCUGGGUCCGCAUUGCCGUUCUCCAUGUCGAACCGCUCAAGCUCAAGUAGCACCGCCUAUUCCACCACCAGCUCUGCUUCUGCGGCUGUGCCACAGCGUGUUGGAGGGCUGCCCUCGCACCUGCGCCAAGGCCGCGCUGACUCGCGCUCGUCGCAAGACGCACAGCCAGGCCAUUACCAGUUCAACCUCGCGUCCAUGGGCGGCGCCAACGCAAGCGAUGGAGGGGCACCCGCGCCAGGUACCGAGCAGGGGCAGGGGCAGAGGACGGCGGCAGACGGCGAGCCAGCGACGGGCGGAUUCGGCUCGCUGAUCAGGUCAAGAUCAGGCAGGUUGCGCCGCGUGAUGAGCGGCGAUCGGCCCUCGUCGUCCGGCGGCCCUCCUCUCCCCGCUCACCCGCAGAAGGCUUCCACCCCGCCAGCCGACUCGGCGUCUCAGAAUCAAACCUUUGGUUCGCCGACGUCUCACUGA